CCCCCACCCCUUGUCCAUGGAUUUUGAGGUGGGGUUUAUAAUCUCACCCAUGGAUGAGGAUUCAGCGGAGGGGGAAGAUGAGGAGGAGGAAGAGGAGGAUGAGCUUGCUGAAAGCACACAGCACUCCAUUCUCCCCAACAGCCAGGAGCUUUUUGUGACCCAGACGGAAUUACCGUCCCUGCCCUUCCAAGCCACUAGCCCAGACAGUGAAGCCAUGGAAGCUACCUCUGCUGCAAAUUUUUCAAGCCUCCCUACUCCAUCCCGAAGGCUAGCUCAGAUAAGGCGGAGGAAGAAGAGGACACGAGAUGAAAUGUUCACAGAAAUCAUGGCAGUAACCCGCAAUGAAAGAGCUCAUCUGGGGGAGUGGAAGGACAUGGUAGCAAAGUACAGGAAAGAUGCCAGUGAACGUGAGGACAGGAGGGACCAACGUGAGGACAGGAGGGACGCUCGAGAUGAGAUGUGGAGGCAGGAAGAUCAGAGGUGGAGGCAGGAAGAUCAGCGGUAGCAGGAUGCAAUGCUGGAGCUGCUGCGCGAUCAAACUGACAUCCUCCGACGUCUGGUGGAUCUUCAG